CUCAAAUCAAGAAUAGAGAAGAGGUUGGAAACACGCGAAACGAGGAGUCAGCACGGAGAACGAAGGAAGAUAAGGAAUCCAAACGAUUGGACAUAUUCGAGAUGGGACCCUCACCUUCCCAGCAGCAGAGAGAGGUGUAUCCAGAAUGGUGAAAGUUCUGGUGAAAAAAGGUGAUGAAACACAAUUUCUGUAUGAAACAUCGGUUGGUACAGAUAAUGUAGAGCUCACUCAACAGAUAACUUACAUCUAUAAUGGGAGGCUUAAAGUAAGCAGAAUUUGUUCAGAAUUGGAGGAAUUAUCGAAACAUGGUACUAUGCUACCUCCUGACAUGAUGGGCCUCACCGAUGAGCAGAUUGAAGAGUUGAAGUUGAAAGACGAGUGGGGGGAGAGAUGCGAGCCAAGUGGUGGCUGCACUGACAACAAAGAUCCGAUGGGUCGCCGAAACGGCAAGCAACCUUCCGAACACAUGCAACAACUCAUCAACAAGUCAGUUACAGAUGUCAAGGAGAUGUUGUCAAAGAAAAAGGCUGAUAAUGGAAUUUGCAUGACUUUGAAAACUGUGCAAGAAGCCUUGGAAAUUCUGCGUGGCACAGUCAUGAUUAUCUAUCCAAUGAAUCUCCCUCCUCAUGAUGUCAUUCGCCAAGAAUUUGAAAAUACUGAGGAUUUAUCUGGGACUCAGGCUUCACUGGAUGUAAUUGAUGUUGCUUCAGCUCAGCUCUGGUUCUCAGGUAAAGAGCUCGUGAGAAACAAGAAGCUUUGCAAUUUUGUUGGGAACAACUACACACCUUCAAGAGCGAAUAUAUCGGGAACUGUUGGAAGAAUCACAAAAUUCCACUAA